AUGGACUGGAUAUCUUCCGUCGAAGACGUCCUCCACAUCCAAGAACGACAACGCCUGCCUCCUAAGCCCCUGUACCCUGAGGCCCCUGUUUCUGUUCCCGUUUAUCCUCCUCCUACUGCUGCUGCUGCUGCUGCUGCUGCUGCUACUGCGGCGACUCCUGCUGCUUCCAAAACGCACGGCAUCCACGGAAGUGGCUGCGAUGACUGGUGUUGUUUGUGCUGGGAGGAAGACCUCUUCGCGAGGAAAGAGGAAUACGGUGAUGCUGACGUGUGGAUUUGGAAGAAGUCCGGGCAUGGGGUGAGUGGUGGAUGGUGUUAG